AUGAAUACCUCGCCGAUCCGGAAGGGUCGGGGUGAGGCAUCAACAAAAUGCGCCACCCGCGCCUGUGAUCCAUGCAGGUUGCGCAAGACAAGGUGUAGUAUAUCCCGGCCAUGUGAACUAUGCGCUCUGAAUGGAUUUGAGUGUACUUUUCUCAAUCCUCAGAAGAAGCGAGGGCCUCCUGCACACCGCGUGGCGCAAAUCAGGCAGCAAAAAAGCCAAUCCAGACAGUCGUCUGGUGGUGCGAAUAACUUUGGUCUGGCUAACAGUCAUGAGACGAGCCUUUCGACCACCGUAUCUGGAGAUCUGUCUAGUUUCGAUUCCUCACAAAUUCCACCAGACCUGAUACCAGACAUCGUACCAGUACAGAUUUCUACAUCGCCUUCAGAAGAUCAGCAUCGAUUAAGUUCCCUUGAUAAUCCACGUGAGCAAGGUUACGAUCUUAGCCUAAUUCUCAACAACACUACUACUGAACCUACGGCUUGGAACAGUUCUCCCCAUUUAGAGUCCUUGCUUCCAGACAGUUUCAACUCACAGACAGGUUCGCUCUUUGGUUUCCCUGGAGCAAAUUUAUUCGUCAAACAGACACUUCCUCCUAUUAUUGACGAUCUCAAUGUCGAUUUCGACGAUCCUGUUCCCUUUAUGAGCGGAGGUAUCAACGUGCAUAACAUACAAAGUGAAAAUCCGAUUGACACACCACAUGGCGGGGUCGGCACAUUGAAACCAGACUUCUGGCCACCUUAUAUUCAUGAAGAAAACCUUAUUCCCUGGAUCGAUGUUUUUUUCGACCGCCUCCAUCCGACUUUACCAGUACUGGACAGAUCUUCCCUAUUUACUAGAAUGUUCCAACGAGAGCAUCGCCAGAACCGUCAAUUUGGCUCCAUGAUUCUGUCUCUCUGCGCCUUUUCACUUACACAACCAAUCGACAUUAGCGAACGACCUUCCUCCUCUUCCCGUGCAGACCAUGCGAGAAUGAUGAUGACUGAAGCAACAAAAAUGCGCAGUUCAUCUGAUUUCGGCGAAAAUCCGACUGUAGAAGCUGUGUUGACAAGUUUUUUCUUAUUUGGAUUUUUGUUCGGAAGUAAUCAGCACAAUGCCGCGAGGCUUCGGCUUCGUGAGGCUGUGGAUUUGGCAUCAAUAUUGGGAUUAAACGAUCCACGGACGUAUGCCAAUUGCUCUUCUGAAGAUAAGGGGCAGUUUUUGAGAAUCUACUUGGUUCUCUCAGUUACAGAAAGAGCAUAUGCCCUCCAGCGCCGACUUCCAAUCAGCUUUAUUGGUCCACCGUUAAAUCCAGUACGCUCGGUGGACGAAAUGAACAACACUACCCAGCGCCUCGUAUCUGGAAUCAUCGUCCACAACGACAUGGAUGCCGCUGCCAUGAUGGGGCUUACUUUGCUGAUGGAAAUAUUCGACGCCAUCGAUGAGGAAAUACUUGUUUGUUGGAAUUCGCGCUGCAGUAUAACCACUACUGGGAAGUGCCAAAACCUUACUGAAUCAAAAGUAUUGAAUAUAUACCACAAUAUUGCGGGAGUCAGCAAUGUCAGUCGAUACAUGUAUCACAGGAAGAAUGACCACUUUGACGUGAACAACAAUACCUUUUUGCCGGACCAGAAUCGUGGUGAGAAUCGGCAGCAAGUUUCGGAAGAACUUGACGAAAUAAGGAUUCUGAGAGAUUUUCUUUCAGAAACACAAUGUGCUGAUGUACUUGUGACACAGAAGUGGGUGCAGGACCGACUGUGGAAUUUGUGUUUUAGCCAUGGUCUCCUACGGCUGCAUUCAGAGCAAAAGGAGCUUUGUUUCCGCUACGCCUUUGACAAUGCUGUAAAAACGCUGGAGUUAUGUCGGUCGUUAAGGAUUAGUGCGAUGGAGGCACAUGGGGUUGGGAUGAUCGAGAAAUUGUACAAUAUUGCGACGAGCGCUCUCAUAAACCUGGGUGGUGUGAGUAAUGAAGCGAGUGAAAUGCAGAUAUUCGACUCAGCAAUGCAUGAGCUUGCGAGAAAUUAUUUGAGACUUAUGCAGACUCUCCGCGGUGGCCAUCAUCCAUAUAUGGGGCAGUACAAUGCUUAUCUCAAGUCUCUGGGUUUUAUUGGGCCGAAUGACGAAUGGAAGGCAUAG